GCUUCAAUGAGAUCUCAUGUCGUCUUCUCAUUGGUUGGUUUAACUAGCCUAGAGUUCGGAAACUUGGUUGGAAACCUAUAAAAACUUGACGCCGGCAGACUGGGGCAAUCUUGCUUCAGAUAUUAAACCACUGGUUUCUACGCUCAAAGGGAGCUAAUCUUACUAAAUUCGUUCUUUGCUCUUCUGAAUUUUGGAAGAAGUACUGCCUUAACAAGGGUAGGUGACAGCGAGCAGUAGAGGGCAGACGACCCAUUUCAAGAAAUUGACUGUGCUGAAAAGGUUGUCAAGUGAGACUAAAGUAAUCGGGUGAAGCUUUUCUCUCCAGCUUGCACUGAGUUUAAAUACCCGUGACGAUGAAAGAUCGCAUGGCGGAGUUGUUGUGCUGGCAGGAAAACGUUUGGGGAGAAAGUGAAGAAGCGGACACCGACACGGAAUGGCCGCAGGUUGUGAUGCCGCCCGAAGAAUCACAAGCGCUACUCAUGAACACUCUAGAAACAGUCACAAGCGUACAAAACAGCGUGGAAAGCAUGGCACAGAUGGUGGAGCAGACGAAAAAAUUACACAGCGAGCUGGAAGUGGCGUCCUUCGGGCUCGUUCAACUGAAAGAAAAACUUGAGGUUCAAUACGGCCGUAUUUUUGCCUAUUGCACCGACAUAAGAGCCAAGCUGAAUGAGAUGGAGAAAGUAUUGGAAGACGACCAAACCAGCGCAGGCUGUGGCAGCGCCAGAGCGAAAAUUUGCCGUGCGCAACACCAGAGCCUAUCGACGCAGCUGUAUUUGAUACUGCGGGACUUCUACGCAGCCCAGGUGACCCACGAGGAGCAUGUGAAGGGGCGCAUUCGUCGCCAGCUCAGCAUUCUGGGCACAGAAAUUUCGGAUGACGAAUUGGACGACGCCGUGCACGGCGGGGGCUCGACGCUUUUUUAUUGCAAUAUCCAAGUGAAUGUAGCCGAAGCCGAAUUCAAAUUGUCCAUGACCGAAGAGAGACAUAGACAAUUUACUGCCAUGGAAGACAAGCUGCACGAGCUACGUAAUCUUUUUUUAAACGUUCAGAAUAUCGUAGCCCAGGACAGCGAGCUGAUUGACAAUAUUGAACACAAUGUUUCCAAAACUGCUGACUAUAUUCAAGAAAUUAACGAAGUCCACACAUAUAAAAAAGCUGUGCCGGUGAAGAAACGAAACCUUCGUGCAAGGAUUGUGUCCAUCUCUCGAGUAGGAUUUAACAAAAUGUUUCAUAAAAGGCUAAGAACUUAAACUUUUAAAAUAUUC